AUGUCAUCCCCCGGACUCAACGUAAUCGCACUGAUUUCCGGCGGCAAAGACUCGCUCUACUCUAUCCUGCACUGUAUCCGAAAUGGCCAUCGCGUCGUCGCCCUGGCGAACCUGCACCCUCCGCUGCCGGAGGAGAAGGACUCACAGCAGCAGGAAGAAGAAGAAGAAGACGAUAUGGACAGUUUCAUGUAUCAAACAAUAGGCCACAACAUCAUCCCGCUGUAUGAAACAGCACUGGGGAUUCCGCUGUAUCGAGCACCGAUCAUGGGUGAUGCAGUGGAUACGUCGAGGGUAUACGGUAAUGACAGUACUACAACAACAGCAGCAGCAGCAGCAGCAGCAGCAGAUGAAACAGAAUCGCUUAUGCCGCUGCUAACACGCAUAAAACGAGAUAUUCCGCAUGCCAACGCAGUCUCGGCAGGCGCAAUACUGUCUACGUACCAGCGCACGCGCAUUGAGAAUGUUGCGGGUCGGUUGGGUCUUGUUCCGUUGGCGUGGCUGUGGAUGUAUACUGAGCUUCCUCGGCGUGACUUUCCGUCAACGUCAAGUGGGCUAUUGGAGGAUAUGGCAGCGGUGGGCUGCGAGGCACGCAUUAUCAAAGCUGCGUCGGGCGGGCUUGAUGAGGGUUCUCUGUGGGAGAAUGUCUCGUCGAAUGAUGGGCUUGUGAGACGGCGGCUUGAGAAAGCCAUGAGGCGGUUUGCGGUUGACGAUCUGGAGCAGGCGGUUCUGGGGGAGGGGGGCGAGUAUGAGACGCUGGCGCUUGAUGGGCCGGGGUUUCUUUGGAAGCAGAGGAUUGUUGUUGAGGAUUCUGAUAGAGGAGUUCGUUCGGCCGGGGGUGGGGUUUGUUAUUCGACGAUUAAGAAAGCAAAGUGUGUACCCAAGGAGGUAGGGCAGGGGGAUAUAAAGCCAGAGGAUAUCCGGAGACCGGCGCGGUUGGAUGAUUCUUUUCAAUGGGCUUUGGAGGAGGUGUUGGCAAAAGACACAGUGCAAGAAGAGAGUGUCAAUGGCCAAUCUCCUUGUCAACCUCUCCCUGCAAUCGACUCGCAUACAGCAGCUAGCGAUACAAACUCAUGGACCGUUUCCAACGUCACCGCGCCCGAGGCUGGAUCCGACGCUGGUGCACAGAUGCAUGGCAUUUCAGCAAAGCUUCAAGACAUCUUCUCCUCUCGGGGCGUGGCUUCUACCGACGACAUUGUGUUCACGACCAUCUUGCUGCGCUCUAUGAAAGACUUUGCACCCAUGAACGAGACCUACGUCUCGCUCUUCUCCAAACCCAACCCUCCAGCCAGAGUGACAGUAGCCUGCGGCGACUGUCUCCCCGAAGGAGUACAGAUCAUGGCGUCGUUCACCAUUGACCUUGGCGCGCGCCAUUUAAGAAAAGGCCUCCACGUGCAGUCCCGGUCCUACUGGGCGCCAGCCAAUAUCGGACCGUACUCGCAAGCCAUCACUGUGCCAUGUCAGCUAGACACACCGGUUGAAACCAGCGGAGGACUCGUUUUCAUUGCCGGGCAGAUCCCGUUGGACCCGGCGUCGAUGGAGUUUCCGACCUCUGGUCUAAAUGGCGAGUACGAUGACUUUGGUCUCCAUGCAACAUUAUCCCUGCAGCAUCUUUGGAGAAUCGGACGAGCUACGCAGGUUGAUUGGUGGCUCGGCGGAAUCGCAUUUUUGGCGAGAGACGACAACGCCCGCAUACGGACAAAAGCACAGUUGGCACAUAAGCUGUGGCAGGCCAUGAAUAAAUCAGCCAAAGAAGAGGAAGAGGAAGAACAAGAAGACGCAGAGUUGGAUGUCUGGGACAUCAAGCAUGGUCUUCGUGAAGAUCCUCGAUCAGCACGGGGUGUUGUUCAGCGGCUGCCCAACUUUGAGCGUGUUGGCAAUGAUAAUACUAAUAGUGACGCCCAAACGAUAAACACGCCCCUAUUUGCAGUCGAGGUUGAGGCACUUCCACGGGCGAGCGAUAUCGAGUGGCAGGCACUUGGGACGACGUGCAGCGAUGUGGCUCUGAUGACUGUUGGUACUGUAGACCCCGAUACGCGGAUAUGGCGCUCAAGGCUCAGCAACACCGAAUUCUACACAAUUAGGUUUGGAAAAUCCAGCAUAGAACAUGGAAACCUGGAUGACCGGAUCGAUACGGUGGUCUCGGAGCUACAAUGCGACUUUGCGACCAGUCAUGCCACGGUUUAUCUUGCUAAUGGUGUUUCUAUCAACCGAUGUAGGGCGGCGCAGGUCAUUCCGUGUAGGAGCAUUUGGGGAGAUGGAGGGCAGGCCAUGGCUGCUGUGAUGACUGUACGGCUGUCAAAAUAA